AUGGAGCACUCGUUGACAAGUGGGCUUCACCGGCGGCACUUUAUAAGCACUCAUGUUGAUGACAUUCCUAUGGACACAAUACGUUUAGUGUCUCCAAUUAACAGGUUCGCCAUUUUACAAGGAAAUUUCAGUAAUGAUGAAAAUGAUUAUCCUUCAAAACCGUACAAAUUAAAAACAAAGCUACUAAUAACAGGGCUAGUCAUCUUGGUCCUUGUAUCAGCAUUAAGUGGGUACUUAAUUGGCAGUGCUGAUUACAACUCUUGGAAAUUAACCGAACCAUUAGAUCCUGUUGAUCCGCUCCCACCUUCACCGUCAUGGCUUCACGUCUUCCAAAAGGCAGCUGUGUGCACCGAUGCCCAACAUUGCUCAGAAAUCGGCAGACAUAUGUUAUCUAUAAAUGGGUCAGCUGUGGAUGCGGCGAUUGCAGCUAUGUUCUGCAAUGGUCUUCUAAACCAGCAAAGUAUGGGUUUGGGAGGUGGUUUCUUCAUGACUGUAUAUAUCAAGGAGGAAGAAAAAGCAUAUACAGUAAUAGCUAGAGAGAAGGCUCCUGCGGCAGCCACUGAGGAUAUGUUUCAUGGCAGCUACGACAAGGCAAGCAAAGGUCCUUUAGCCGUUGGUGUUCCUGGUGAGCUCCGCGGAAUGUGGACUGCUCAUAAAAGAUGGGGAAAGCUACCUUGGGAUGUGCUAGUCAAACCUACGUUGGAGUUUUGCAAAUAUGGGUAUCCUAUGUCAAAAGCUCUAAGCGAUGGAGUGGAGAGUGCAUCAUUCAUCAAGAAUGACCCACAUUUACGAAAACAAUAUUACAACAGUGCAAAAAAUAAAUUUCACAAGCCGGGUACAAUAGUCAAGCCCAGCGAAGCUUUAUGCAACACGCUAAGAAUAAUAGCUGAAAAGGGCGGUGACGUUCUCUACAACGGUACACUCGCCGUCGACUUUUUGGAAGACCUCAAUAGAGUUGGCAGCAUUAUCACUGCCGAAGAUCUGAAAAAUUACGAAGCCAAAGUUACAGCCCCAAUCUCUGUGCCAUUAAGCAGUGGAGACGUUUUGUUCACACCACCACCACCCAGUAGUGGCGCUUUAGUAGUCAAUAUACUAAACAUUCUCAGCGGUUAUAACUUCUCUCCAGAGAGCAUCAAUGGCUCGGAGAACAAAAUAUUAACCUACCACAGGAUAAUAGAAGCCUUUAAGUAUGCCUAUGCAGCUAGAACCAGAUUGGGAGACUUGGAUUUUCUAGACUUAGAAGAUUUUAUUAAAAAUAUAACAUCUCCACACUACGGGACAGAGAUUCGGUUAAAAAUUAACGACUCCGCGACCAGUAACAACACAGCGUACUAUGGGGCCACUGAGUAUCAAAAGUCAGAUUUUGGCACAGCACAUAUAUCGGUCAUAGCAAGCAACGGAGAUGCCGUAUCGGUGACGAGCUCCCUUAAUUUCUAUUUCGGUGUGGGCUUCUCAACACUAAACACGGGUAUCAUAAUGAACAACGUAAUGGACGACUUCUCAUCCCCCGGGAUAACUAACUACUUCGGUCUAAAACCAUCGCCUGCAAACUUCAUCGCACCGGGAAAACGACCGCUUUCCUCAAUGAGCCCUUGCAUUAUAGUUGAUAAAAAUGGUAAUGCCAAAAUGGUGAUCGGUGCUUCUGGCGGGACGAAGAUAGUCACUGCUAUUUCUUUGGUAACAAUGCGCAAGUUAUGGUUCGAUCAGUCUAUCAAGGAAGCGGUGGACGAACCGCGCAUCCACCAUCAAAUAUUUCCAAUGAAUGUUGAAUACGAAUUUGGUGUAACUGGGGAUAUAGUCGAAGGGCUACGAAGAAAAGGACACGGAAUGGUGCGAUAUCGUAACCGUGGUUCUAUUGUGUGUGCAUUAUAUAGAAAUAAAACUGCAAUUUUCGCUAAUGCAGACUUUAGGAAAGGGGGUGAUGUUUCAGGAAUGGAU